CGGGCCCAGCCGCCGCCAUGCCGCUGCUCUUCCUGGAGCGCUUCCCUUGGCCCAGCCUGCGUACUUACACGGCGCUCAGCGCCCUGGCGCUGGCCGGCAGCGUCCUCAGCGCCUACCGCGCCCUCGGCCAGGCCCCCGGAGGACAGCUCGCCGCGCCGGCCCAGUCGCCACACGCGCCGGCCGAGGAGGAGGAGGAGGAGCGGCUGGCCGCGGAGGACAGGCCGCCGCCGGGGCUCGGGCCCAGCGGGCUGGAUGUCGCCUACUACUUGCUCUCCGACGGCCUCUGCGUCUGGGUACUGGUGAAUACUGCUUGCUGCAUUCUGAUGCUGAUUGCUAAACUAAUUCAGUGUGUGGUGUUUGGUCCUCUCCGUGUUAGUGAGAGACAGCAUCUCAAGGAUAAGUUUUGGAAUUUCAUCUUCUACAAGUUUAUCUUUAUUUUUGGCGUGCUAAAUGUCCAGACAGUGGAAGAAGUGGUCAUGUGGUGUCUUUGGUUCUCUGGGCUUGUUUUUCUCCAUCUCAUGGUUCAGCUUUGCAAGGACAGGUUUGAAUAUCUCUCUUUUUCUCCCACUACACCAAUGAACAGCCACAUCCGAGUCAUGACCCUGCUGGUAGCUAUGCUGCUUUCCUGCUGUGGAUUGGCGGUUGUGUGUGGCAUUAUUGGCUACACCCAUGGAAUGCAUACAUUAUCUUUCAUGGCAGCUGAGUCUCUGCUUGUUACAGUGAGAACUGUUCAUGUGAUUUUACGUUACGUCAUUCAUCUCUGGGAUCUCAACCAUGAAGGCACAUGGGAAAGCAAAGGAACGUAUGUUUAUUACACGGAUUUCAUCAUGGAGUUAACUCUUCUGUCACUGGAUCUGAUGCAUCACAUUCACAUGCUGCUAUUUGGCAAUAUCUGGUUGUCGAUGGCCAGCCUGGUGAUCUUCAUGCAGCUGCGUUACCUGUUUCAUGAGGUUCAGCGUAGACUUCGUCGCCACAAGAACUAUCUCCGUGUGGUUGGGAACAUGGAAGCGAGGUUUGCAGUGGCAACACCGGAAGAACUGGCAGCCAACAACGAUGACUGUGCCAUUUGCUGGGAUUCCAUGCAGUCCGCACGUAAACUCCCUUGCGGGCACCUGUUCCAUAACUCUUGCCUGCGCUCCUGGCUAGAACAAGACACUUCCUGCCCCACCUGCAGAAUGUCUCUGAAUAUCACCGAUAACCGUCGUGCCAGGGAGGACCAUCAACGAGAGAACCUGGAUGAAAAUUUGGCUCCUGUGGCGGUGGCUGAAGGCAGACCUCACUUGAACCAGCACAAUCACUUCUUCCACUUUGAUGGUUCCCGCAUAGCGAGCUGGCUACCCAGUUUUUCAGUGGAGGUGAUGCAUACCACCAAUAUCCUUGGUAUUGCACAGGCAAGCAACUCCCAGCUUAAUGCUAUGGCACAUCAGAUCCAGGAGAUGUUUCCUCAGGUCCCUUACCACCUCAUCCUGCAAGAUCUGCAGCUGACUCGGUCUGUCGAAAUAACCACCGACAACAUUUUAGAGGGCCGUAUUCAAGUGCCUUUCCCAACACAGCGAUCAGAGAGCAUCAGACCUGCGUUGAACAGUCCCUUGGAAAGGCACAGCACUGAUCAAGAGGAUCCUGAAGAGGCUACUCAGACUGAGAGAGUCCCUCUGGAACUUAAUUCACAACUGGAAGAAAUGGCAGAGUUCAGCGAGAUGGAAGUAGAUUCGGCCGAGACGGAAGACUUUGAAGUGAGAGGGAGCCGCUUUUCUAAGUCGGCUGACGAAAGGCAGCGGAUGUUAGUGCAGAGAAAGGAAGACCUUUUGCAUCAAGCUCGCAAGCGUUACCUCAACAAAACUUCAGACGAGACAGUCUCAGACAUCCCCCAGCAGGCCGAAGGAGCGAAUUCUGACCCCAUCACCUUGCGCCGCAGAACAUUGGCUGCUGCAGCGGAACGAAGACUCCAGAAGCAGCACCCGUCCUAACAC